AUGGCGGAGCCCUCUAAAGGAAGAAUAGCCAUUAAAUUCGGCUCAGCAUCUUCAACCCCAUCCUCCACCAAAAACUCCCGUCCAGCACCACCAUCAAGCCUCGGAAAGCGGCCCCGAUCCCACGCUGCCCUCGGCGCAGACUCAGACUCAGACUCAGACUCCGACCGUCGCGGACACCACGAAGCCAUCACUGGGUUCGGCGCAGAUGGUGCAGAGACGCGACACAAAAAAAAGGAGGAGGUGAAGAAAGAAUACAUCAUCGAGCGGCAAGCGAAUAGAGACUGGAGAGGGGAGGUCCGCGCACAGAGGGGAGACAAUCGACCCGCGGAAGCCAGAGGACACCAGCACAAUCAGAAUGGGAGCGCAGAGAGCACACCAGCAGGCCAAGACAAAGGUCAGCCAUGGGGCCUGACCGUCAAGGAAAAGAAAGACCAGCCUCCCGCCGAACCGCAGGACACCCCGUCAGAAACGGCCGAGGAAGCACCCAAACCCAAGUCGGCGGAUGACGAGGCCCUCGAUGCACUGCUAGGCAACAAACCGAAAGAAACAAGAGUCAUAGCCACCGAAGAUGACGUGUACAAACGCGACGCCGCAGUUGCAGGCGCGGCCUCCACGCUGGAAGACUACGAAGCGAUGCCCAUUGAGGAAUUCGGUGCCGCCCUCUUGCGCGGGAUGGGAUGGGACGGAGAACACCGCGGACCAAAGUCAAGGGACGUGCGUAAGCGGCAAAAUCGACUGGGCCUUGGCGCGAAGGAGCUGAAAGGUGUAGAAGACCUAGGCGGGUGGAAUCAGAACGGGGCGAAGAAGAGGAACAGGCCACGGCUGGACGAAUACAAUCGGGAGCAAAAUAAAAGGAAGGAAGAAAGGGGCAGAGAAGAUAGCUACAAGAGAGAGCGCGAAAGGGAGAGGGACAGAGAGAGACAUGGUCAUGGGGAACGAGAUAGGGGGGACAGAGACCAUCAUAUAGAUAGGAGGGAAAGAGAUAGGGAUAGGGGUAGACAUAGGGACUACGACCGGGAUAGGAGACGGUAA